UUCAAUACUGCAACCAGUGCAUUCUUUUUCCUUUUAGUAUAAGAAGGAAACUUGGCCUUGAUCUCUGAAUGAAACAAACACAAUUCCUAAAGCUUUUUUCUUCAUUAAUUUGCACUCACCAUGGUUAUUAAUCUUCAAUCUUGUUCUUUUAAAAUUUUGAGCUGCAUAUUAUUCUUUGUUACUCUUCUCCUCCCCACCAUAUCUGGUGAUUGUACUUGUGAUGCUGAGGCCACAGAAACACACAAUAGCAGCACAGCACUUAAAUACAAACUGGGUUCAAUAGCUUGCAUUCUUGUUGCAAGUGCUAUUGGGGUAUGCAUCCCAUUGCUAGGAAAGAAGUUCCCAGCUCUUAGCCCGGAAAAUGAUAUCUUUUUCAUGAUCAAGGCCUUUGCCGCCGGUGUGAUUCUGGCAACCGGGUUCAUUCAUAUCCUGCCAGAUGCAUUCGACAAAUUGACUUCACCAUGCCUCGAUCAAAAUCCAUGGGGGAAUUUCCCCUUCACAGGUUUCUUUACCAUGGUUUCAGCAAUUGGAACGUUGAUGGUGGAUACCUAUGCCACCAACUAUUACGAGCGCUCUCACUUCAAUAAACAGGUAAAUGCAGAUGAAGAGAGGUCGGGCAGCGAGCACGCGGGUCACGUACAUGUUCACACACACGCCACACAUGGGCAUGCUCAUGGCUCAUCAAUCAGUACCCCUUCCCAACAUGGAACGGCCAAUUCGUCGGAGCUAAUACGUCAUCGUAUUAUUGCACAAGUAUUGGAGUUAGGAAUUGUAUUCCAUUCAGUGAUUAUUGGAGUAGAUAUGGGUGCUUCUCAAAGCGUUGGGACAAUAAAGCCUCUCCUUGUGGCCUUGUCUUUCCAUCAAUUUUUUGAGGGUAUAGGUCUUGGUGGCUGCAUCUCUCAGGCAAAAUUCAAGAGUAGGUCUGCAGCAAUAAUGGCAACAUUUUUCUCAGUGACAACCCCAUUAGGGAUUGCAAUUGGCAUUGGAAUAUCAAGCACUUACAAAGACAAUAGCCAAACUGCUCUGAUUGUUGAAGGGAGUUUCAAUGCUCUUGCAGCUGGGAUUCUGAUUUAUAUGGCACUUGUUGAUCUAUUAGCAGCAGAUUUCAUGAACCCAAGAGUGAAACAAAAUGUAAGGAUUCAAAUAGGAGUAAAUUUCUCACUUCUUCUAGGGGCUGGAUGUAUGUCUCUCUUGGCCAAAUGGGCUUGAGGUGUUUUACGUGCGGUUUGGAAAGUGAGAUAAGAUGAG